AUGAUACAACCACCCACCCUUCCAUGGCUAACACCUCCCCCAUUAGUACCUACACCAGAGCAACCAGCCUUUGAUCUUCCUCCACCUACACCAGACUUACCACCACCUGAUGAAGACUCUUCUCCAUCACCCCCACUUGUCCCAAUAUUUACAUCACCGCCACUGCCUUUUGAGCCUCCUCCAUUUCCAUUUGCACCACCAAUUAUACCAUCCCCAACUGCACCAGACCCUGGUGUGAUUGAUCAGCCACCAUCUUUGCCCAUUCCUCAGUCACCAGAAAUCUUUCUUCCACCUCCAAUUCCUGAAGUGCCCCAAAAUCCACAGGGGCCAUUUCCAUUUGUACCACCAAUUAUAACAACCCCAACUGCACCAGACCCUGGUGUGAUUGAUCAGCCACCAUCUUUGCCCAUUCCUCAGUCACCAGAAAUCUUUCUGCCACCUCCAAUUCCUGAAGUGCCCCAAAAUCCACAGGAGCCAUUUCCAUUUGGGUCCACCCCACCAGCUCCAGAUAUGGAUUUCAAUGAGCCAUUGUCACCCCCAGAAAUCCCUUUUCUGCCUCCUGUUGAUCAGCUUCCACCGGCGUUUGAUUCACCUCCGUCUCAGUGUUAA